AUGUCAGCCAAGUCCAAGGGAACCCCCUCCUCGUCCUCUCCAACCGAGGGGCCGCCUGCAGCUUCCAAAACCAAGGUGAAGGAACAGAUCAAGAUCAUCGUAGAAGAUUUGGAAUUAGUCCUGGGCGACCUGAAGGACGUAGCCAAGGAACUUAAGGAGGUGGUUGACCAGAUUGAUACCCUGACCUCUGACCUACAGCUGGAGGAUGAGAUGACCGACAGCUCCAAAACGGACACCCUGAACAGUAGCUCAAGCGGCACAACAGCUUCCAGCAUAGAGAAGAUCAAAUUGCAGGCUAAUGCACCUCUCAUUAAACCCCCAGCACACCCGUCUGCUAUCCUCACAGUCCUGAGAAAGCCAAACCCUCCACCACCCCCUCCACGGUUGACACCUGUGAAGUGUGAAGACCCCCAAAGGGUAGCACCAACUGUCAAUCCUGUUAAGACCAAUGGCACCCUUCUGCGAAAUGGAGGCUUACCAGGUGGACCAAACAAAAUUCCAAAUGGCGACAUCUGCUGCAUACCCAAUAGUAACUUGGACAAGGCUCCAGUGCAGCCAUUAAUGCAUAGACCCGAAAAAGACAGAUGUCCCCAGGCAGGGCCUCGGGAAAGAGUACGGUUUAAUGAAAAGGUGCAGUACCAUGGCUAUUGCCCUGACUGUGAUAACCGGUAUAACAUAAAAAACAGGGAGGUCCACUUACAAAACGAACCUAUCCACCCACCAGGAAAGCUUCCUCACCAAGGCCUUCCCCUUCCUCCUCCACCCCACCUCCCGCCUUUUCCACUAGAAAAUGGGGGACUGGGAAUAAGCCACAGUAACAGCUUUCCCCCUCUCAGACCUGUAACUGUGCCUCCUCCCACUGCACCAAAACCACAGAAGACGAUCUUGAGGAAAUCAACCACUACAACAGUGUGA